AUGAAUAAUAAAACAUUAGUUGCAUUAGAUUUUGAUAGAAAUGAUUUUACAACAGAAGGAUUUCUAUCAUUAAGUUAUUCUAUUGAAAAGAAUUCAACUCUUUCAUUUGUGGAUUAUCCUUCAAAGAUGUACAAAAAAAUUUCAAAACAAACUAUGUCUGUUGAAUUAUUACAAAGAUUUGAAGAAUGUUUCUAUAAUUUCUUCAACAAAAUUAAAACUAACAAAACCAACAACUACUUUGGUGAUAUUCAUAUCUUUGACAUUAUUAAUUCAUAUCCAUUAAACAUAACACCAUAUGAACUUUUAGACCAAAACAUUCAACCAAAAUUAAUUGGAAAAUACAUCGAACCAAUUCAAACCGAUUGUCCAGAAAUGCCAGAACAACUUAAAUCUUUCUCAGAUUUGAAGAAAGAUCCUAACUACUAUUAUAAUUAA